AUGGCUGAAAACCUUCGAACAAAUAGAGUCUCUGAAAUCCAGGAAAGUUUACCUCCUGAGCGAUGGAAACAUGUCAAAGGAAAUGACAACCCUGCUGAUGCAGGUUCUCGUGGUAUUCUCCCUAAAGAUAUUAUUAAUCAUGAUUUAUGGUGGUCAGGACCGCAUUGGUUAAAAUUGGAUCCGUCAACCUGGGAAUCGAAAUUAGUUCUGCCUCCUCCCCUUGAAGCUGUGUUGACAUCUGGCAUCCGAGAAGAAGAUUUAAAGUUAAAGGAUAAAAAGGAAGUCUCAAUGCCGGUAAACACAACGAACAUUUUACCAAGGCCUGUAAUCGACAUCGAUCGAUACUCGAGCUUCAUUCGCUUAAUGAUAGUAACUGCGUUCAUUCGCCGUGUAGUCACCAAAAAAUACCUAUUUCCUUCAACGCCACUAACGGUUGAUGAAUUACACAAAGCUGAAACAUGGUGGUUCAAGAAAGUACAGUCUGAAAUGUUCUCUGAAGUUAUCGCUGAACUUAUGAAAGGAAAACAACUAUCCAAUAAACACUAUCUAAAAUCUCUAAAUCCAUUUCUCGACUCUCAGGGUUUGCUGAGAGUUGGUGGACGCCUUUCACAAUCACAACUAGAAUUUUACUCACGUCACCCUUUAAUUCCCCAUGGAAAACAUCGACUUACCACCCAUCCUCGUACCCAGGGUCUUUUUGGGAAAGACCCUGGUAUCGGCUGGUCACGUGACUCUACAAAAAUUGAUUGCCCAAGGAAGAGUGGCAAAGUAUCAAAUUACAUGCUUCCACAGAAACCGUUAAAUUUCAAAUACCAGGAGUGGGAUUUUACGAUAUAUAGUUUGAAGCGCCCGCUAACUUCUAUUUUAUACCUCCGUUUGCUUUUAAAUUACAAAAACACUGUAGCAUUUUAUCAACAGUCAAGUCAAGAAACAAAUAAAAUGUAUACUUUAAACUUUGAAGUUGGGUAUUCGCUUGAAACAUAUUUUCAUAUCAAACUGGUCAGUCCUCAACGUUUGUACAUUUUCACUUUUAUCUGUUCCGAAAAUAUGACAUUAGAUUUCUUGUUUGAAAACGUUGAUAAACUUUGUGGCAGAUUUACAAAUAGUACGCGUCUCAUUUUAUAGUGAAGGUUGAUAAAAUUUUGAAAUGUAAUUAACUUUUUGUCACAAAUCACAAUGUAAACAUGUGGACACUGCCGAACAGAGACUAAAUGCUCACUUUAAAACUGUCGAUGGUUUAUCUUUGAAAAUACUUUUAAUUAAAUAGCUCGUCAUAUUUUUUUAGAAACCCUGUAGAUCGGUGGGGUAGGAGGUUGGCAGGUAGUAAAGUACAAUAAUUUUCAGCCCAGGGCGUGUAUCAUCAGGUGGUAUAUACAAUCAGUCAAUCACGGCUUUAGCCUAAUAAUUUUUGGCCUCCAUGCACUAAGUAAUGGGGUAACAACAAUAUUUAUAACAGUAUUUUUCUGAUAUACAGUACACACUUUAUAAUAUGAACAUAGUCAUAGAUAAUUCCAUAAACCACGGAAUAAACAACGGCAUAAACCACGGCAUAAACACUGAUAUCACACUCAGUCUGAUAUGUAUAUGCAGUCAUAUAUAGUCAUAUGUCUCAUAUGUACCCACCACAGAUAUAUUAUUAACACUUUAUAUAGUCUUAGAGUUUGAUUCAGUAUUAUAUUUCACAAAGUACUUCAUUACAGUAAAGUAAGUAAAGCUAAUGUCACAAUUAAAGCUAUUUAUCAAAUUUAUCAUGAGGACUGCAUUCUCUAAAUGUCCUAAAUGACAAACAUAUUCAGUAUUCGUAUUUGUAACAUAUACGCACAAACGAGUCUUUCACUUAUCUUUGAGUAGGCUAUUGUCGGAUUAUUUUACCGUAGGUUUGAUAACAGGGAGGCAUACUUCGACAUAUUUCUUGAGCAUCAAGCUCUGGGGAUGGUUCUGAAGUUUCAGCAGUCCGAGUAG